UUUACCUGGUUUAUACAUUUGAGUGUUUUAAUUUUUCAAUUAAGCUAAAAUAAUUUGUUAUUGACUCCUGAAACUCUUACCAUUUUGUUUUUUUUUUGAAGGAAAUCAUCAUGCAAACGACUGUCGUCUACCCAAGGUGUCUUCUUCAACCUCUAGGCCCGUUGUCUUCCAUGGCAGUGUUGAAGGUCAUUUAAAGUUUCAAUUUAACGCAUAAAUUCAUCAACUCAACGUAUAACAUGUAUUUCUAGAUCCAAAUAAAACAAAAUAACACCAAAAGACAAAUAUCCAAAUCAAAUGGUUUUAAGAGUUUGUAUCAAAUCUUUCAAUCCGAAUCCGCGAUCAACAAUUAGAACAUGAGAUCUAGCGGAUGUACGUACCCAAUUCGGCUCAUUCCACUGCCGAAUAUGUUUUUCCGGCAACCCUUUUUCUCUCACCCCGCCCUUUCUUGUCUAGCAUGUGAAUGGUACGGUACACCUUACCAUCUAAGCCUUUAAAAAUUCUUUCGCCACGUGUUGUUUAUAGAAAGACCAUCUUAAUUUUAAAGCUUCAGCGAUCAUCUAAACCCUUAAAAAUUCAUUCGCUAACUGUUGUUUUUCUAAGAAUCUUUUCAAUGAUUUAUAUAAUUCUUUAAAAUAUACAGUGAGUGGAAAAGACACUAAGUAAGAACAAAAGCAUUGCAAAAGUUUUGUAAUAAAACAUGUAGAAGAGCACUCAAAUGGUGAGCCCAUGCCCACCAAUAAUUGCUGACAUUAAGAUAGGAUUUUAAACACUGUAUCGAUUAUCGAGAGUAGUGGUGUCAGGUGUGGAUAGGGCUAGCAGAAAGAUAUGGCCAUCGAAACUCCGCUGUUAUUGGACACCCCCGUGGAGGACUCUGUUGACUACAAAGGCCGUCCGGUUUAUAGAUUCAAUUCUGGAGGAUGGAAAUCUACACUUUUUAUUAUAGUUGUGGAAGUUGCAGAGAGGUCUGCAUAUUAUGGGAUAGCAGGGAACUUGAUAACGUAUUUGACAGGGCCCUUAGGACAGUCAACGGUUACUGCUGCAGAGAACAUGAACGUUUGGUCUGGAACAGCAUGGUUGCUGCCUUUGUUAGGUGCAUUUGUUGCUGAUUCUUUCAUUGGUAGAUACAGAACCAUUGUUGUCUCUACGCUUAUCUACAUCUUGGGACUUGGCUUGCUGGCUCUAUCAGCUGUUCUUCCUCCUCUCGGUUCUUCUGGCUGCCAAAGUUCCGAUAGUGCCGGGUCGUGCUCUCCUGAUCCAGUUCUGAUUUUGUUCUUCUUUGCUCUCUAUCUAGUAGCACUUGGACAAGGUGGAUUCAGGCCUUGUGUUCAGGCUUUUGGAGCUGAUCAGUUUGAUGCACAAGACCCUGAGGAGCGCAAAGCCAAAAGCUCGUUCUUCAAUUGGUGGCAUUUUUUUAUGAAUGCUGGCCUCAUAGCAGUCCUACCGGCCUUAAACUACAUCCAAGACAACAUUAAUUGGGUUCUGGGAUUUGGGAUCCCAUGUCUUAUUUUGGCUGGGGCACUUGCAAUAUUUUUACUUGGAACUAGGACAUAUCGGUAUAGUAUCAGAAGGGAAGAAGAGAAACACGCGUUUUUGAGAGUCGGUCGGGUCUUUGUUGCGACUUUUAGGAAUUGGCGAAUCACUACUGCAGUAGCCUUUGAAGAAGAAACUCACAGAGCCCAACCUCAGCAAAGUUCUGGGCAAUUCAAGUUUCUGAACAAAGCCCUGCUUGACCCUAUUGACUCGAAGGGAGACAGCAAGGUUUGUAGCCUCAGAGAAGUAGAAGAAGCCAAGGCAGUACUUAGGCUUGUUCCGAUAUGGACAACGUGCUUGAUAUAUGCUAUUGUGUUUGCACAGCCCGCAACUUUGUUUACUAGGCAAGCCAUAACUAUGAAUAGAUCAGUUUCAGCAGAUCUCGAAUUUCCUGCAGCUUCAGUUCAAUUAUUUAUUCCUGCCACGGUUGUUGUUUUAGUUGCAAUCUACGAUCGUGCCUUCGUCCCUGUAGCCAGGGCUUUAACUGGGGAACCUUCUGGCAUUACAAUGCUACAAAGAAUCGGUACUGGGGUAUUUUUAUCUUUUCUUGCCAUGGUAGUUGCUGCUCUAGUUGAAAUGAAGAGGCUCAAGAAAGCUCAGCAAUAUGGACUAGUGGAUACGCCAGAGGUGACGAUUCCUAUGAGUGCUUGGUGGUUAAUUCCUCAAAAUGUCCUGCUCGGUGCUGCUGACGUGUUCACCAUGAUUGGAAUGCAAGAAUUUUUCUAUGAUCAGGUCCCAAGUGAAUUAAGGAGCGUGGGUCUUGCUCUUUUCCUCAGUGUCAUCGGCGUAGGAGACUUUCUAAGCAGCUUUCUUAUCUCCAUCAUUGAUAAAGCAACCGGUGGGGAUGGUCAUUAUAGCUGGUUUGCCAAUAACCUGAAUCGGGCACAUCUUGAUUACUUUUACUGGCUACUAGCUGCGUUGAGUGCUGUACAGUUUGUUGCUUUCUUGUAUUUUGGAAAGUCUUACAUUUAUAGCAGGGGAGGCGCAACAUAAAAGCAGUGAUUUCUCAGUCUAAGAUUAUAAAAAUAAUAAUUUAAAAGAAAAAUAAAUAAAAAAUGCUUUAUAAACA